UUGCUAAACAACUGAAGAAACCUCGAAAAGCAAAAGCAUCCUACCAAAUCCAGCGACCAAGAAGGAGGAGGAGGAGGAGGAGGAGGCGAGAGGAGAAGCGCGAGCCCAGCCGCGGCGAUGCAGCAGCAGAUGGCCCUGCCGGCGGGGGCGGCCGCCGCCGCGGUGCCCCCGGCGGCCGGCAUCACUACCGAGCAGAUCCAAAAGUAUUUGGAUGAAAAUAAACAGCUAAUUUUGGCUAUCCUGGAAAAUCAGAACCUAGGGAAGUUGGCUGAAUGUGCUCAGUACCAAGCUCAGCUUCAAAAGAAUCUAUUAUAUCUGGCUGCCAUUGCAGAUGCCCAACCACCUCAGAAUCCUGGAAGUCGUCCUCAGAUGAUGCAGCCAGGUGCCUCACCAGGUGCUGGGCAUUACAUGUCCCAAGUACCAAUGUUCCCUCCAAGAACCCCCCUAACCCCACAACAGAUGCAAGAGCAGCAACAGCAGCAACUUCAGCAGCAGCAAGCCCAGGCUCUUGCCUUCCCUGGUCAGAUGCUAAUGAGACCAGGUACUGUCAAUGGCAUGCAAUCUAUCCAAGCCGCUGACCCUGCUCGCGCAGCUGAUCUUCAGCCAGCCGCACCGGGCUCGGUAGAUGGUCGAGGAAACAAACAGGAUGCAGCCUCGGAGCCUUCUGGCACUGAGAGCCACAAGAGCGCAGGCGCGGAUAAUGAAGCGGGUGGUGAUGUAGCAGAGAAGUCCUGAGCUAGGGAAGUGUUAGGAUGAAUAAUUCCAUGUAUACUAGCAAUGAAAAAGAAAGAAAAAGCCCCUGCUCGUGGAUCACAAGUAGUCCUUACAAGUGACCAGUGUUUUAGAAAGCUCGUCCUAUCGGUGUUGUAGAACAAACUUUAGAUUGAUGAUGAUGUAACCUAUCAGAGAUUUUUAUCUCAUCCUACAUUGUUGUAGCUAUUAUGGAAUAAUUUACCAGCCUGAGAGAGUUUUACGUCUGUUUGCCUGCUAAUAUAAUGGUUAGUGUGACGAACUU